GACAAUGACAGUUGUGACCACUUCAUAAUGUCAAUAUGUCAUUUUGCAAAAAAAAAUAUUUCUUUUUCCCUAAUAAUUUCAACGUGUCUGACUGAUACUAAUGAGAAAUAAAACUUUAUUUACACUUUAAAUAAAAAUCGGUACAAUCAUAUAGUACAUAAUAGUACAAACACAACGUAGGGAAAAGUAGAAAGAAAUCAAGAAAAAUGUCUAAUACCCUGGUACAAUAUGUUUUAUUGCGAAGUGACCUUCUAAAAGAAAUGGGAUGGUCUAUAGGGGCCCUGGUAGCUCAAGCAUGUCAUGCAUCAUCUGCAGUGUUGCAUUUAAAUAAGGACGAUGAAUAUACUAUACAAUAUCUAAAUGAUUUAGACAAUAUGCACAAAGUUGUUUUGGAGGUACCAAAUGAAGAAUCACUUAAGAAAGUAGCUGAUAAAUUAACAGAGAAGUCAAUAGCUCACAAACUGUGGAUUGAGCAACCGGAGAAUAUUCCAACAUGUUUAGCAAUUAAACCCUAUCCUAAAGAGGAGGUGAAAAAAUUUGUAGGGAAAUUUAAAUUGUACAAAGAGACUUUAUCCAGUUGAAAUAUUGUGAGCUGUAAUAAUGUUUUCAAUUUUUUUACUGUUACUGUUGAAGCUAAGCUUGGUAUAAAUCUAUUAUAAGUAUAGCUUAUUAAUAAAAUUACUUUUGAAUAGA